AUGGACCGGCGCACCAAUCCGCCAUGCGCAAUACGGCUCUUCUACCGGACCGGCGCGUUUCAUAGGUACGAUGAACACGCAGACUACGCCCUUGUUCUCCCUGCACGUCAACUGACCAUGGCGCGCAGACCCGACGAGUUCUCUUCGUUUCAGCUCCCACCACACCUCACAGUACAUACCUGGCCGUCGUGUACGCUGACGGAGCUCUCACAUCACCUCGCCUUUACUGCCCCGGCCAUCCUCCCCGACCCGGCCAUUGGGACGAGGCUUUCCUUUCGCCUCAUCUUUCCCGACACGCGGUCGACCGCCAGCUCCUCCUCAACCCUUAGCCAGCCUCCAAAGUACAUGGUCAAGGACUUGGGCAGCAUCGUGAUAGGCCACGGAGGGUCAGGCCCAGCCUCGGGGCUAGAUCCCGCGCCCUCCUCCGCUGCGAAGAGCGUCGCCGCCCCGGACCACGGCGGGGACGGGGCCAAGACCCUCGCCGAGGCCCGAUUCGUCGUGGGCGACCACGUGUCCGUCGCCAUCCUGCCACCCCUCGAGGACGGCAGUGUAGCCCCGGCGAGUGCUGCGCGCAUGGGCCGUGGCGCCGGUGCCGGAGAGGCAGGUGCUGUUGUCGGACGGGCCCCCGGCCUGGGCGGACGAGAUAGGGAGAACGGGUUUGGCGGCCGCAGGGGUGGUCGCGGCGGUCGGCCUGAACAGUUCGGCCGAGGAAACGUGCCCGUGGGCGAGUGGAGGAGAGGUGAGGCAUUGCCCGAGGCGCAGAGGGAAGGGCGUGGCCUAUCUGGGGAGUGGAGGAGGGCAGAGGGACCGCCGCCCGAUGCGCCAUUUGGUCGGAACAGGGGCCGGGGACGCUGGUGA